UACUAUAAGAUUGAUAUUAAAGACAUGAUUUUCACCCUACUUCAUCAACACAUUUAAAUUUUCUCCUCUUUUUGGAAUCCUGUAUUAUACCACAAUGCAACAAGCUUUAGAACUAGCUUUGGAUCGUGCAGAGUAUGUCAUUGAAAGUGCCCGGCAGAGGCCUCCUAAAAGGAAAUCCUUGUCUAGUGGAAGAAAAUCUGUAUUUCAAAAACUUUAUGACUUGUAUGUUGAAGAAUGUGAGAAAGAACCUGAGGUUAAGAAAUUAAGAAGAAAUGUGAACUUGUUAGAGAAGCUUGUUAUGCAAGAGACUUUGUCAUGUCUAGUGGUCAAUCUGUAUCCAGGAAAUGAGGGAUAUUCUCUGAUGCUCAGGGGAAAAAAUGGAUCAGAUUCUGAGACCAUUCGAUUGCCUUAUGAAGAAGGGGAAUUGCUUGAAUACUUAGAUGCAGAAGAAUUACCUCCUAUUUUGGUUGAUCUCCUGGAAAAAUCUCAGGUUAAUAUUUUUCAUUGUGGAUGUGUCAUAGCAGAAAUACGUGACUACAGACAGUCAAGUAAUACGAAAACUCCUGGUUACCAAAGUAGGCAUAUUCUGUUACGUCCAACAAUGCAGACUUUAAUCUGUGAUGUACAUUCAAUAGCAAGUGAUAACCAUAAAUGGACCCAGGAAGACAAACUUUUGCUUGAGAGCCAGUUGAUCUUAGCCACUGCUGAGCCACUGUGUCUUGACCCUUCCGUAGCAGUAGCAUGCACUGCAAACAGACUACUCUAUAACAAACAGAAAAUGAACACUCGACCAAUGAAACGGUGUUUCAAGAGAUAUUCUAGGUCCUCUCUGAAUCGACAGCAAGAUCUGUCUCAUUGUCCACCUCCUCCUCAGCUAAAAUUACUUGAUUUCUUACAAAAAAGAAAAGAAAGAAAAGCAGGUCAGCAUUAUGACCUCAAAAUCUCUAAAGCAGGAAAUUGCGUUGAUAUGUGGAAACGGAAUCCAUGUAAUUUGACUAUACCUUCUGAAGUGGAUGUAGAGAAAUAUGCGAAAGUAGAAAAGUCUAUCAAAUCUGAUGACUCACAACCAACAGUAUGGCCAGCCCAUGAGGUGAAAGAUGAUUAUGUAUUUGAAUGUGAAUCUGGUAAUCAGUAUCAGAAAACAAAAUUGACCAUUGUGCAGUCACUCGGUGAUCCACUUUACUAUGGUAAAAUACAGCCUUGUAAAGAAGAUGAAGAAUGCGAUAGCCAGUUAUCUCCAUCCAACUCCUCCCCAGAUGAUCAUUCAAAUUGGUUUGUUAUUGGAUCAAAGACUGAUGCUCAGAGGGUAGUCAAUCAGUACCAGGAAUUGGUCCAGAAUGAAGCCAAAUGCCCUGUUAAGAUGUCACAUAGUUCCAGUGGCUCCAUCAGUCUGAGUCAGCGUUCUCCAGGGAAAGAAACAGAACAGCCUGAGACCAUGUCAGUCCAGUCUUCAGUAUUGGGUAAGGGAGUAAAGCAUCGGCCUCCACCUAUCAAACUUCCCUCAAGCUCAGGAAAUAGUUCCUCAGGUAAUUAUUUUACUCCACAGCAGACAAGCAGCUUUCUUAAAUCUCCAACUCCUCCUCCUGCUUCUAAGCCACCAAGUCUGUCUCGGAAGUCAUCUGUGGAUCUCAGUCAAGUUAGCAUGCUUUCUCCAGCUGCCUUGUCACCUGCCAGCUCAUCACAAAGAUCUGGAACUCCUAAGCCAUCUACUCCUACACCAACCCCUUCAUCGACCCCAUAUCCUCCUGAUGCUCAGAGCUCAAUUCCAAUUACCCUUUCUAUCACCCCUACUUCCCAAGAUUCAGGCUUCACCCCUCAGCCCACUUUGUUAACUCAGUUUGCUCAGCAGCAAAAGUCUCUGAGCCAGGCAAUGCCUGUAACAACCAUUCCUCUUUCCACCAUGGUAACAUCUAUAACUACAGGAACCACAGCCACCCAAGUCAUGGCAAACUCUGCUGGACUUAACUUCAUCAAUGUAGUGGGCUCUGUUUGUGGAGCCCAGGCUUUGAUGAGUGGUUCAAACCCCAUGCUGGGCUGUAACACUGGUGCACUAACUACUGCAGGAAUUAAUCUUAGUGGCCUUCUUCCCUCAGGCGGUCUCCUACCAAGUGCACUGCCAGCUUCCCAAGCAGGUGUUCCAUUUGGUUUAAAAAAUACUUCCAGUCUCAGACCCUUAAAUCUACUCCAGCUUCCUGGUGGCUCACUCAUUUUUAAUACUGUGCAGCAGCAGCAGCUAUCUCAGUUGUCUCCACAACAACCUCCUCAACCCACAACUUCUAGUCCUCAGCAACCAGGGGAACAGGAUUCUGAACAAGAUUCAACCAGUCAAGAACAGGUCUUGUCUGCUCAGCAAGCUGCUGUUAUUAAUCUUACAGGAGUAGGGAAUUUUAUGCAAUCCCAAGCAGCUGCAGUUGCGAUUCUUGCAGCAUCAAAUGUCUAUGGCGGCGGCAGCAGCACAAACAGCCCAGCUCCAUCAUCAUCAGCAUACAGGCAACCAGUCAAAAAGUAAAAUGAAAAGAGGCACACCAACCACUCCAAAAUUCUGAGUCUUGAGCAUUAUUUAUUUUUUCCUCUUUGAAAAAACAAGAGCAUUGAAUCAAAAGGAAUUUGUUUUUAAUUCAUUUUUGUUUUUUUGGUUGUUUUUUUAAUGUGUCAGUAUUUUACAUUGCUAGAUGUACAAACUUUAUAUAGAAGCACAAACCUGUGAUUUUUAAAUAAAAACAGGUAAAUGAUUUAACAUCUAGGAUUGGUUUGCCUAAGUCAUUGCUUUUUUGAGAAAAGGUUUUACUGUACAUAGUAUAUAUACACAAGUGACUGGAAACUUCUUUCAGAAGAAUGUAGCUUGAUAUUUAUUUCAUAUAAAAGGUCUGUGCACAAUGCUAACAAAUAUAAUUUUUAUAAAUAUGUGUUGAAAA